AUGUCGACCGGAAAGGAGAAAGGGAUGUCCAGGAAGUUGUUUGGGAAGGGCAGUUCACAACCUACUCAAGAAAGUGUUGUUGGUGAUAACUUGAGAGGAAGAUCCAAUAGUACACUAGUUCAAGUAGAUGGAGAACCAAUUGAAAUUGAUGAUGACUUUGAUCCAGAAUAUUGGUUAAAGAAGAUGAAAGAAAAUGAUGAGAUUGCGAUUCAACUUGAGAACAAAGAAGUGGAUGAAUGCCAUCCUGUAGAAGAUCCUAAAGCUGCAGCUGCUUAUAAUAGUGAUGAAGACAAUGAAGAUGCAAGUGAUGCUGAACAUGUUGGAGAUGAAACUACAGAUGAAGAUAAUGAUGACUCAAGUGAUGAUGGUGUUGAAUUAAAUGACCAAGGUAAGGAGUGUGAAGAAGAUCCUGAGUAUUACAAGAAAUUCCAAGCCGAUAAUCCUGAGUUUGAGGAUGAACCUGGUGAGUUGUUUGAUGACUCAGACCUUAAACAUAUGGAAGAUAUGAAGAAAGAAAAUACUGCUUCUGUGGUGUACCUUGAAGAGGCUGGUGUUGAGUCAUGGGCUAGAGCAUUUUUUGAUGACACUAGUAAGCGUGAACACCUAAAUAACAACUUCAGUGAGUCUUUUAAUUCCAUGGCCAAAAAUCUUAGAGACAAACCAGUAUGUAGACUAGGAAUUCUUUACAAUCAAUUGGUUAUGAGUAUAUUUCACAAAAGAAGAAAGGAGAGUGCAUCUUGGAAUCCACAUGAAUUGGUUCCAACUGCAAUGAAACUAAUUGGGAAGAUGAUGAAGUUGGUUGGUGCAUUUAAAGUCGAACCAUGUGUUAGUGGUAAAUUGUAUGAGGUUAUAAAUGAAGGUAGCAAGGCAGAUUUUAUUGUCAACUUGUACUGUUCUCAUUAUUAUUCAGUUGCUGCAUACAUGGCCACAUAUGCUCCAGUUGUGUUUCCAUUUCCUGCUCAAGAAGAUUGGCCUGAGUUGCAAGAACAUGAAAAGAUUGAGCUUGAAUCUGCUAUCAAGAUCAGAAAAACAGGUAGACCUAGAGUUAAGAGGAGGAGAGCAUGUGAUGAACCUAAAUCAAAGACAAAGGUAUAUUCAUGUCGAAACUGUGGUUCAACUGGUCAUAACAAAAGCACAUGUAAAGGUGGUGAUGUUGGCAAGAAUCCUAAAGCAAAGAGGCAGAGAACUCAAGUAGAUGGUGCUAACUUCACAUUCAAUGAAAGACCUGUUGCAUCUAUUUCUAAAGCUAAGAAAUCUCAACCAUCUUCUUCUAAAGCUGCAUCUUCUUCUAAAGCUAAGAAAUCUCAACCAUCUAACAUUCCAAAGGCACCUGCUAAAGCUUCUACAGCUUCAAAGAAACAUAACAACACUCAUACAAAGAAGUGA